AUGGCGGCAACUCUAUCUUCUGUCCUGCCGAACCACGGGCUCCAGGAAUUUUCAAUUAGUACCGAGUCCGGGGCGACAGUCGUUGGAUACUCUCGCGGCAUUAAUAGCAGCUCCAUCAGCUCCAAGUCACCUAUUCUAGUUCUCCUACAUGGAUAUCCAGAGACGAACUUCAUGUGGCGCCAUAUAAUUCGACUUCUGCCCAAGUCUAUCCCUAUCUUUGCACCAGACUUACCUGGGUAUGGGCUGUCUAGCCCUGUAGCUGGCGACACGUCGGCAUCGCACACCAAACGCGCCGUCGGAAAAGCGAUUCUCGCUGCUUUAUCCGGACUAUUAGAAAAGGAUGCUAACAGCGGCGGCAAAUCCCCAGUGCCUAUACUACUUGUAGGCCAUGAUCGUGGCGCUCGAGUUACCCAUCACCUAGCCAUCGAUGCCCCUGUUUAUGCCGACAAAUUCACCCUAAUAGGUGCCGCCGUUCUCGACAUCGUACCAACUUUUAUUCAAUGGCAAGGACUGGCCAACCCCGCCGAAGGAAAGGGGUUCUUUCACUGGCCCUUCCUCGCAAACGUGGAUUUCGCCACGGAGAUGAUCCAAGCCCUUGGCGGCGACAUCUUCUUACAGCGAAUGUUUGAUCGCUGGCGCGGCACACUGUCCCCGGAAAGUGAGAAAAAUCUUGGCCAAGACGGGUCUUAUGAAGUCUACAAAGCAGCUUUUAGGUCCGAGAGCGUAAUCCGCGCCAGUUGCCUAGACUACGCGGCUGGCGCGAAAGAGGACAUCGAUGAGGAAAAGGCCGAUCAAGCAGAAGGGAACAAAGUCGACGUUCCGAUUUUGGUGAUGUAUUCUGCCAGUGGACUGGGAAAGAGGUUCGAUGUACCGGGUGUGUGGAAAAGCUGGGUUCGUGAGCCGGAAAAGAACAUAGUCCAGAAGGCAGUUGGUAGAGGAGCUGGUCAUUUCUUUGCCGAAGAAAACCCCGAGGAAACGUUUGAAUAUCUGCUAGGGUGGUUCGGGGAACUUGGAAUUUAUGAGACCAAAUGA